GUUCAUGCUAAGACUGUAUUGUUAAAUUUCUCGCAGUAAUACGUAAAAAUUAGAAAUUAAUACAUAAAUCACGGAAUGUCAACCAUGGAUGACGUUCUCGAGAGCUGGGAAGAAAUUGAAGAAUCAGGGGCUCUUGACAAAAAGUUGGAUGCCCUCCAGUUAAAUGCGGUUGAAGCAUUAGAAGAAAUAGAAUCUUCUAGCUUCAAAACCAAUCACAGUACAAACACAAGAAUGAUAAUAUUAGGUGAUGAUGGUGUGAGAUCUCAAUAUGUACCUCCAAAACCAACUGUAAAAAUAUUAAAAAGACCUACAAGAGAUUCACAAGGUAGUGGUGAUGGGCCAUUAGUGAAUGGAGAUAAACCAAAACAACCUAUAAAGACUUUGAGACAGAGGGAACAAGAAUAUGCAGAAGCAAGAAAACGAAUUCUGGGUGAAGAAAAAAGUCCAGAGGAAAAAUUAGAACAAGAAAUAAGUAGAAUUCAACCAAAGUCAAUAACUCCAAGUGGUAGUGGCCUACCAAGUAAUGUUCUUCGUAUGCCUAUUGGACCAGACGGAACACGGGGGUUUAAUGUACGCAGGUAGCGCGUCUUUCAGGGAUCAACACUUUUCACCCAUCUUUUUCCUCUUCUUCCUUCUUCUUGGCACGGGGAAGAGAGGCGGCUAUGAGGCUGAUGGCAGGAAACAGCUUAAUGUUUCUGACCAAAUACAAGCAUUCUGCUCCUGUCAUUUUGAACGGAGCAUAGUAAGUGCUAUGCCCUAUAGGCAGUGCUUUACAUAGACCGUACUUACAAAAGGAUCAAGGCUAUAAAUCGGCAAAGAUGAGUCACUAUAGAAAUGGUAAUAUUUCUUACCAAUAUGAUGCUAUGUUUUGUUGAUGUUUGUCAUAUUUUAAAAAACUUUUAUUAAAAAAUUAGAAUCUACAAUCGUCGUGCAGGGAACACGUUAAGAUGAAUAUUUGAAUUACAGUAUGAUACGAAGUGGGAAACUAUUUUACUUUCUACACUUGUAUGUGCUACUCAAAUCUC